CGGGUCAGGAUGUAGCGGCCGUUCAGCCACUUGGGGACCCCAUGGAUCUCGACUUCGAUUUCGACGCCGCUUUAUGGGCAGGGGCCCUGGAAUCUUCAGUCAACCACCAAAGACCAGACAUGAACCUCGACUAUCGUGCCCCAAUGACCACUAUGCCCUCCGAUUUCCUGUUCACCGAGGACGAAGGGCCUUUGCCAGCGGCGCCUUCUUACUACGUCCAGCCAUGUCAUGCCGGCAACAUCGUCAGCGUGCCACAACCCCAACCAGCUGAACCGUCCCCUACACGAACUGUCUUCCCCGCACCGCGUUCUGACGUGGGAUCCGACGACGCGAAGUCGCUGGAGGAGGGCACUCAGAGUGACGUGGCACAUCAGCGGUUGCGCAGGCAGCUGUCGCUUUUAUCCAAGGGCUGGGCUGGAGAUGAGAUCCGGUUCAAGAAGUGCGACCCAUCAAAGGCCCUUGUGCUGCAUAACCUCGCCAUGGAACUGGGCCUGGGCUACAGUCACGAUGUCAGGAGCCGCGAGGUCUUCAUGUCCCGCCUCGGCCCACCGGAGGACGCCCCAAACCCGCAGAUCUCCUCAUUGCUCCAACGCUCUUCGACCGAACUCGAUUCGACACUUUGCCUUCCAAGCCUGCCGGCGGUUUCAGAGAUCCACUCGUUUAAGAUUCCUACCCGCUCUGCGCGUGAGUCCGGCCAGCCAGAUGUAGCCGCAAAGGACCAGCCGCUCGUUCGUCGCCCAAGCCGCAGUGAACGCAUCAGCGACUCGAUCAGCAAACUUAGGACGUCCAUCGCCAAGGGUGGUCGGCGAGGCCCCCUCUCCGAGAAUGGGCGGCGGGAUAUGAGGGCGCUAGAGGCAGCGGGCGGCGCUUGCUGGAGAUGCAAGGUCCUUCGUCGGAAAUGCGACCCCGGCAGCCCGUGUCGCUGCUGUCUGCAGACUGUCCCCAUGCCCCAAUUCAGCGAAGAUGCGCCCCUGUGGCCCCUAAUCGGGUGCAGACGUGGACCCCUUCGUGAUGCAAUCCCGCCACAGCUGCUCUGCCCGGAUCCAAAGCCGUCACGCCACGGCGCGUUCGAAUCAACAUUGGCGCUGGCGCGGCGGUGCCGCUCCGCCGAUGUCGCCGAACGCUGCCUCUUGUUGGCCGAGAGCCAACGGAUCGCCGACAUGAAGGCCCUGCUCGAAGGCGCCUCGUACAAACCAUCCAUCUCCGAUCCGGCUCUCAACGCUUGCUUCUGCUCGUUUGUCGAAGCCGGCCGGUAUCGUGAUCGUGUAUCGUUGCAGAGAAGCUAUUCCUACGGGCUAACGACGGUAACAUACACCGAGCUUAUUGCUGUGAUCGCCUGGGAGCUCGCCGAGAACCAAGCUGUGAUGCCGUCGCUUGAGGUCAAAUCCUGGGAUAGCUUCAUGCGCAUGCUCGAGACAGCCGCCAUCUAUGAGUCCGAGGUUGGCCAGACGUCACUUGUGAUUCUUUCCAUGAUCUGUCUCAGACACUGUCUCGAGGCAUUGCGGCUCCACUCAGCAAACCUCCUUUCAGGGGGCCACGAAGAGUGCGGCGGCGGCCAAUGUCAGGUGGAAUGCAUUCGAAAACUCAGGUCCCAAGUCGCAGCUUACGUCGAUGAGCUGUCCUCGGUCAUCUUCAACAAAGAGAACAUGCGAGAUCGGAGAUGGUGGUUGUCGACCUUCUACAGCCUCUACAUCCAGAGCUAUGUCCGGCACGCCUUGAUCAUCAUCGAGAAGCAGCUGCGGUUCCUGUCUGCUGAAGAUGUUCCUGCCGAGGACCUUACCGCUACACAAUACAUGCACCUCCCCGCAGUAUUAUUCACUGCCGCAUCGGCCAAAUACGACCCGUUGCUCGACGGGAGGCUUCAGUAUGCGUUAACGGACAAUUCUGUCAUCCCAGAGACUUCGGUUCCCGAGCUUCACCAUUCAGCUGCGCGCGAGGCAUGUGAGGUCGUUAAAUGGCCCGAGGCGGGUAUAAGAACGCCGUAUCAGUUCCUCCGUCGGCUGCUCCAGAUCGGCUCCCUCGAUUUCUUUGACUCCGGGUUGGAUGCCUCAGUGACAGGCUCAAAGUCUCCCUCUACGUCCCUUUCCUCUCCAUCUUCGGCUCGUGGCAAGAUCGGGUCGCCGAUUGCUCUGAGCCCCCGCGCAUUUGACGAAACCGUGCCCUUCCCAAAGCCCCCUUACGCCGAGAGCAAGCGAAACUCGUGGAACAGCCGCUAUUCGGGGCAACCGUCGACCAAGUUCUCAAACAUGAGCUCCGACAGCUUAGCCCGCACCGUCUCAACCGAGAUGACUAGCUUGUACGAGUCAUCCAUCAUGGCCGGCGUGUCCUUCUCGGGCCCGGGUAGCUUGACAGACCUGAACAACGAGGCGUGCCUGGACGACGGGACCAUCAACCCGGCGUUAUUUUCUGUCCACCACAACGGUUCGUCGCAGUCGCUCGACCAGGUCGCUGCGAGAAGCUUUGUCAGGACCGAAGUGCCGGAACCGGGCUCUGAGCCCACAUUUGUGUGCAACUGCUGCCCCCGAACACCGCGGCACUUUUACACAACUGAAGAAUUAGUACAACACGAAGCCGAAAAGCCUCACCCUUGCAGCCAGUGCAAAAAGCGCUUCAAGAGCCCCACCGAGUGCGAGCGGCAUGUCAACGCGAUCCACCUCAAGUCCGACUUCUGGUCCUGCAAGGCCCUCGAGGACCCACUGCUCGCCUACCACGCGCAGACGUACCGAGGCGUGGUGUUUGACGUGUGCGGCUUCUGCGGCGGCGAGUUUGCGCGGCGCGAGGAUGGCGUCAUCGCGGACCGCGAGGCGUUGGUCGCGCACGUGCAGUCGGUGCACAGGGUCGCUGACUGCGAUCGAAACAAGAAGUUUUACAGGGCGGAUAACUUCCGGCAGCACCUCAAGAAUACGCAUGUGGCUUUGCCGGGAAGGUGGCUCAAGGCCCUGGAGAGGGCGUGUCGGAGUGCUGAGCAGGCGGUGUGAUAUAUACCUUAUACUGCCGUAAUGUGUCAUGAUUGGCCUCGUGUGUUGGACGUUUUCCUUGGAGCGGGCGUGCCGGAGUUUGGGCAUGGGAUAGAUCUUGGGAAGUUGCUGGCGACUGGACUGGAGAAUUUCCGGUAAUAUGUGAUACGACCCCAACCUUAAUCUGAGGGACUGCUGUCAAGUCCGUUAAUAUCAUCACCACAGAUCUCACCAUCACUCUGCUUCGAAAACUGCACGUUUGUCCGGCUCUGGUCCUACUGCACAGCGGCACAUCUGAACAUGAUCAAGAGGUAACAUCGUCGACUUCAAGGUCUGUACAUGGAUGAAGAGAAUAUGUACUGUCACGCUAGGUGAAGU